UAGUUAAUGCAGAAGAUAAAGAGGGUGCGUCUGGAAAACGAGACUGCAGGAAGUUGGAGAAGUUUCUUGACCAGUUCUGAAGGGGAAGAGAGGAUGACUGCAGUGGAUGUGCUGUCGGACAGUACCGAAGUCGUUGAGAUGGAGGAUGUGCCUUCCCAGUUUCAGGUGCAGAAGCAUUCAUGGGAUGGCCUGCGUGACAUUAUUCAUGGCAGCAGGAAGUAUUCGGGCAUGAUCGUGAACAAGGCUCCCCAUGAUUUCCAGUUUGUCCGGAAAACUGAAGAAUCCAGCCCACAUUCUCAUCGUCUGUAUUACCUAGGGAUGCCAUAUGGUAGCCGGGAGAAUUCCCUCCUUUACUCAGAGAUUCCCAAAAAGGUACGGAAGGAGGCCCUGCUGCUCUUGUCAUGGAAACAGAUGCUGGAUCACUUUCAGGCGACCCCUCACCACGGGAUGUACUCUAGGGAAGAGGAACUGCUGAGGGAGCGCAAGCGUCUUGGGGUCUUUGGAAUCACUUCGUAUGACUUCCACAGCGAGAGUGGCCUUUUCCUCUUUCAGGCCAGCAACAGCCUCUUUCACUGUCGAGAUGGGGGCAAGAAUGGCUUCAUGGUGUCUCCUAUGAAGCCACUGGAGAUCAAGACCCAAUGCUCGGGACCUCGAAUGGACCCCAAGAUCUGCCCUGCUGACCCUGCCUUCUUUUCUUUCAUCAAUAACAAUGACCUGUGGGUAGCAAAUAUUGAGACUGGAGAGGAGAGACGGAUGACAUACUGCCAUAAAGGCUUAUCCAAUGUUCUAGAUGAUCCCAAGUCAGCAGGAGUAGCCACAUUUGUCAUCCAGGAGGAGUUUGAUCGUUUCACAGGCUACUGGUGGUGCCCCACAGGUUCAGUAGAAGGCUCAGAAGAUUUAAAAACGCUGCGGAUCUUGUAUGAGGAAGUAGAUGAGUCGGAGGUGGAGAUAAUUCACGUUCCUUCUCCUGCUCUGGAAGAGAGAAAAACAGACUCCUAUCGAUACCCCAGGACAGGCAGCAAAAACCCCAAGAUAACACUAAAGCUGGCAGAAUUUCAAACAGACAGUCAGGGGAAGAUUGUAUGUGCUCAGGACAAGGAGCUGGUGCAGCCCUUUGCCACGUUAUUCCCUUCUGUGGAGUACAUUGCACGUGCUGGAUGGACCAGGGAUGGCAAAUAUGCCUGGGCCAUGUUCCUAGACCGUCCUCAGCAGCGGCUCCAGCUAGUCCUCCUGCCUCCAGCGCUGUUCAUCCCAGUACCAGAAAACAAGGAGCAGCGCGCUGAAUUUGCCAAAGCUGUGCCAGAAAAUGUCCAACCCUUUGUGAUCUAUGAAGAAACCACUGAUGUGUGGAUCAAUGUUCAUGACAUCUUUUAUCCUUUUGUCCAACCGGAGGGAGAGGAGGAGGAGCUGGUUUUUAUCCGAGCCAAUGAGUGCAAGACAGGCUUCUGUCACCUGUACAGAGUCACGGUCCUUCUAAAACAGGGCAGCUACGAUUGGACCCAGCCAUACGUCCACAACGAAGAUGACUUUAAAUGCCCUAUCAAAGAGGAGAUCGCCCUGACCAGUGGGGAAUGGGAGGUCUUGGCACGACAUGGCUCAAAGAUCUGGGUGAAUGAGGCAACAAAGCUGGUUUAUUUCCAAGGCACAAAAGAUACCCCCUUGGAGCACCAUCUCUAUGUGGUCGGCUAUGAGUCUCCGAGCGAAAUCGUACGGCUCACCACUCUAGGCUUCUCUCACAGCUGCUCAAUGAGCCAGAACUUUGACAUGUUCAUCAGCCACUACAGCAGCGUCAGCACCCCGCCCUGCGUGCACGUUUACAAGAUGAGUGGCCCCGAUGAGGACCCACUUCACAAGCAGCCCAAGUUCUGGGCCAGCAUGAUGGAGGCAGCCAGCUGCCCUCCAGAUUACGUGCCUCCAGAAAUCUUUCAUUUCCGGACCCAGUCAGACAUUGAGCUCUACGGGAUGGUGUACAAACCUCAUGACGUCCAGCCGGGAAAGAAGCAUCCUACAGUCUUGUUCGUGUAUGGAGGUCCUCAGGUGCAAUUAGUGAAUAAUUCCUUCAAAGGUAUCAAGUACCUGCGGCUCAACACGCUAGCAUCCCUAGGCUAUGCUGUGGUGGUAAUCGAUGGGAGGGGCUCCUGUCAGCGAGGACUCAAGUUUGAAGGGGCCCUUAAAAACCAAAUGGGCCAGGUGGAGAUUGAGGACCAGGUCGAAGGUUUACAUUAUGUAGCAGAGAAAUACGGGUUCAUUGACUUGACUCGGGUGGCCAUCCACGGCUGGUCAUACGGGGGCUUCCUCUCUCUCAUGGGCCUUAUCUGCAAGCCCAGUGUGUUCAAGAUUGCCAUAGCAGGUGCCCCCGUCACAGUCUGGAUGGCGUAUGACACCGGGUACACAGAACGGUACAUGGAUGUCCCAGAGAACAACCAGCAGGGUUACGAAGCCGGCUCUGUGGCACUGCAUGUAGAAAAACUCCCCAAUGAGCCAAACCGCUUGCUGAUCCUCCAUGGGUUUCUGGAUGAAAACGUGCACUUUUUUCAUACCAACUUCCUGGUCUCACAGCUAAUCCGGGCUGGAAAACCCUAUCAGCUGCAGAUCUACCCCAACGAGAGACACAGCAUUCGGUGCCCCGAGUCGGGCGAGCACUAUGAAAUCACGCUGCUGCACUUUCUACAAGAAUACCUCUGAGAGCACGGGCCUCUGCAAACCGCUGGACACUGACAGCUCACCUCUGCCCCUGCUGCCACCACCUCCUUCCCUCGACCGCCUUUGAAGCCAGAGCACAAGUUGCUGGGGGGCUACCCUGACCAAGGGGCCGGGGGGAGUACCGCUUCUGUUUCCUCUGGACAGUGUUGCCUUCCUACGCUUCCUAAGCUAGAGCUCUGCCUCUGCUCAGCUGCUCACCUUGACUCUGCCCUGGCUGUUAAUGCUUUGUUUUGCUGCUACUCCCUCUCUGCUGGGAACCAGUGACAGGGGUCUGGCUCCAGAGGCUGAGGUGCAUGUGCAUCUCUCGCUCGCUCUCUCUCCUGUCUCUUCCACUGCACCUCAGCAGGCCCCAUGCUCUUACCUGCGAGAAGUCAGAGCCUGCGUUGGAAAUGGAAGAGCUGAAUCGGCAUGCUGCCUUAAGUCAGGAGGUCAAGGGGGGGAGAGGAGCAGCCGCCCUGAGUCCCACGGGAGUCGAUCGCUGCUGUUGCUUUGGAACGCGCAAAGGCUGGAGCCUGGGCAGCUCCGCAGAAGCAUGUGACAUGAGGCUUCCUUUUUUCCUUUGUUUUCCUUUUUCUUUUUAGUUUUUUUAAGUUAAUUUUGCAGAGCAGAGGGGGGAAAGCAGCUGGGUUGGCGACAGUGUCCUCAGCCCCCUUACCCCGACUUGCUGCUCAUGGGCAAACUGUGCCAACAGGUAGCAUGGUAGCAGCUGGCUACACCCCGACUGGCAUUCGCCUUCCCAGAAACUGCAGUAGCAUCUGGGUUUUGCAACAUGAGAUGGAUAUUUAUGCAAAUAUUCCCUCCUUCCCUCCCCACUCUGCCCGUCUCUUUGCUGUGUCCUGCCCCCCAGUGCACCCUUCCUCACCACCCUCUUUCCCCCAAUGCCCUGAGCUUUCGGACGUGCACUGAAAUUGGCUGCGCUUCAGUUCUCUGCGGGUCAGUGACUGGUCUCCUCGCCCAUCUACUUGGCAAACACUCUCUCUCUUCUGGUUUUUAUUUACCUAGUCACCAUGAACUGCAGUUUGGGGGUGGGGGGGGGGGCGUAGACACUUGCACCUCAGGGGAGCACCUGCCCUUCUGCCCCCAAAGCCAAGGGUUUGUCAGGGGCAAAAAUGAACAAGAGCAACCCACCCAAAUGAACCACAUCAACUUGCCCCCGAGUAUUUUAAGUGCGUAUUAUGAAAAGAAAAUAUUUUUAUGGAUUCUUAUUCUUUUAUAAUUGAGUGUAAGAUGUAGCGACUCAUUAAAAUAUUGGAAACGGA